UACACUCUCGUUAAAUCCAUCUCUUUCUCUUCCAUGAUCGGCCUUGCCAUCAAACUACCACCUACGGCCUAACCGAUCCCCGAUUGGAUUGAUAUCUCUUCGUCCACGCCCACGAUCGAUCUAGACACUCUGAAGCUCCCUUGAGCGAACUUGCACCAUGGCGACCCCGACGGAUGGCUCCGAGCGAGCCACCACGGCCUCCGGUGCCGAUCCCUUUGGAGAUGCGGCCCGGAGACGCAACAUUCCUCCAGUCGCUCCUACUGCUACCGAAAAGCCCCAGCCCGAGGAUAAGAAGAAGGCUCUGGUUCCCGUGAAGAAGGAGCAGAGCUUCCUUGAUUGUAUUGCGAGCUGGGAGUGGAUCGUUGCCCCCGUCGUCUUCACGUUCCUGGCUUUCUUUACGCGUUUCUGGCAGAUUGGUCUUUCCCCCAUCGUGACAUGGGACGAAGCUCAUUUCGGAAAGUUUGGUAGCCAUUACCUCAAGCGCGAAUUCUACUUCGAUGUUCACCCUCCUGCCGGAAAGCUCCUCGUUGGUCUGAGCGGAUUGCUUGCGGGUUACAAUGGAUCUUUCGAGUUCAAGUCCGGCGAGACUUAUCCCGAGGAAAUCAACUACACCUUCAUGCGCCAGUUCAACGCUUUUUGGGGUGCCGUGUGCGUUCCCCUGGCCUACUUUACCGCCAAGGCGCUUCACUUCAAGCUCCCUGCCGUCUGGCUCGUCACUCUCAUGGUUCUUUGCGAGAACUCAUACACCACCAUCAGCCGCUUCAUCCUCCUCGAUUCUAUGCUCCUCUUCGGUACCGUGGCCACCACUUUGUGCUGGGCCAAGUUCCAUAACCUACGCAAGAAGAGCUUCACGCCUGAGUGGGCCUUCUGGUUGUUCCUGACUGGUCUCAGCAUCGGCUUUGUCUGCAGUGUCAAGUGGGUUGGACUCUUCGUUACCGCUCUGGUCGGUCUCUACACCAUUGAGGACCUCUGGAACAAGUUCGGCGAUACCAAGAUGCCCGUCAAGGUUCUUGCUGCCCACGUUGCCGCUCGCGUCAGCUGCCUCAUUAUCCUGCCCUUUGCGGUUUACCUUUUGAGCUUUGCCAUCCACUUCUGGGUUUUGACCAACUCCGGCCCCGGCGAUGCCCAGAUGCCCUCGCUCUUCCAGGCUAACUUGAGAGGCACUGAGGUUGGCAGGGACAGCCCUUUGGAGCUUGCUAUCGGCUCCCGCGUGACCAUCAAGAACAUGGGCUAUGGUGGUGGCCUGCUUCACAGUCACGUUCAGACCUACCCUGAGGGUUCUAACCAACAACAAGUGACCUGCUAUCACCACAAGGAUGCCAACAACGACUGGUUCUUCUACCCUAACCGCAGGGAGCAGGCUUAUGACGAGAACUCUGACGAGAUUCGUUACAUUGGUGAUGGCAGCACCGUUCGCCUUAUCCAUGCCCAGACCGGCCGCAACCUCCACUCCCACGAGAUCCCCGCUCCCAUGACCAAGAGCGACAAGGAGGUUUCUUGCUAUGGCAACCUUACCGUUGGUGAUGAGAAGGACCACUGGAAGAUUGAGGUCGUCAAGGAUACCAAUUCUCGCGAUCGCUCCAAGAUCCGCACUCUCACCACUGCCUUCCGCUUGAAGCACGAGGUUUUGGGAUGCUACCUCCGCGCUGGAACCGUCAAUCUUCCCCAGUGGGGUUUCAAGCAGAUCGAGACUACCUGCACCAAGACCAACAACCCUCGUGACACCUACACUCACUGGAACGUCGAGUCCCAUACUAACCCCAAGCUGCCUCCUGCUGCACCCGGUCAGUACAAGAGUCAAUUCCUUCAGGACUUCAUUCACUUGAACGUUGCCAUGAUGACCUCGAACAACGCUCUUGUUCCCGAUCCUGACAAGCAGGACGAUUUGGCUUCCCAAUGGUGGCAGUGGCCUAUUCUUCACGUUGGCUUGAGAAUGUGCAGCUGGGAUGACAAGACUGUCAAGUAUUUCCUGCUUGGCAAUCCUCUCGUCUACUGGGGCUCCACUGCCGCUCUUGGAGUAUUUGGCCUUCUUGUUGUUUGGUACACUCUCCGCUGGCAGCGUGGCUACAAGGAGCUCGGCCAGGACGGCAUUGACCAGAUCCACUACGCCGGAGUCUACCCUGUCAUCGGCUGGUUCCUCCACUACUUGCCCUUCAUCGUCAUGGGCCGUGUCACCUACGUCCAUCACUAUUACCCGGCGCUCUACUUCGCCAUCCUCUGCUUCGGUUUCCUUGCUGACUGGUUCCUCAGAGCCAAGAGCAAGCUUACCCAGGGCAUUGCCUAUGGUAUCCUUUAUGCGACAGUUAUUGGGCUUUACAUCUUCUUCAUGCCCAUCAGCUGGGGAAUGGUCGGCCCGAACCAGCAGUACAAGUACAUGAAGUGGUUCGAUAACUGGAGGAUCUCGGAUUAGAUGUGGUGAUUGGGAUGGAAACUAUGGUCAGCCCCGUUCUCGGUUGGCAAUCAUCACAGCAACAGUCUUCCUGUAACUGAUGCUAUUCCAAAAGUGUACCAAAUUCUGUGCAUCUGCAUUGACAACAUUUUAUUUCCUUUGAAGUUUGAUCUAAAACAAAAAGAA